AUGGCCGACGGCUCAUCCACGCCGCCGUCCUUCCUUGGCUAUCCCAGCUACUACGCCGCCGGCGGCUUCCGGGCGCCGGCCUACGGAAUGGGAGCUCGCGGCGAGCUGCUCGUCACGGCGAGCGGCGGAGCGGCGGCGGCGGAGAACGGCGGAGUGCAGGUGUGGGAGACGGUGGCGGAGCCGGGGCACUGGUUCUACGUGCCGCCGUCGUCGGGACAGUCCGGCGGCAGUAUCAUGAUCAAUAUUUCGGCGGCCACCGCCGGCAGCUUUGGGACGCAGAGCUCCGGCACCGGCGUGUUCCUGCCGGAGCCUCGCAUCCGCCCAGCUGUUCCCAGUGUGCAGCAGCCAACCAGUUUGCUGCCAGCUGAGACUGACAGAGAUGUGAGGGCACUAACUGCAGAUGGCAACAGCAACACUGGCCUGAAGACUGAUGAUGCAGGCAAAGGAAGUGAGAUACAGCAGAAGAGCUAUGCUGCAGUUGUGAAGGGAGGGGGGCCUAGCCAAGAAGCUGAAGCCAUGGGGGCAGGUCCUAGCCAUGAAGCAGUGAGGGCAAGACCAAGCCAGCACGGGCACAGGCUCUCCUGGAAGAAGAAGAAGAAGACGAAGAAGCAGGCGGCGACGGCGCCGGCGCCGGAGGAGGAGGAGGAGGCAACCGCCGCUACGGUGGAUGACUUCCCGGAGCUGGCGCUGCUGCCGGAAGAAUGGGUCUACUGAAUCUGAUGAACCAUAUGCAUGAUAUCGCCCAAUGGUCACUACUAGAUGAUGAUGAA